AUGCGUGCCAGCCGUGAAGGGUGUCACACAGCUGGCAACCCUGCUAUUCCACACGUGUGGAUCAGCAGUCUGCGAUGUCAGGUCGCAGAUUUGUAUAAGGAGAGAGACACCGAUUUCCUCAAGCGCCAUGAACGGAGUUUGGGAAAACAAAGAGUGGAUGAGAGUGGUGCCUUCCAACAACCGAUCUUAAGUGUAGUUGAGACAUCAUAUGAGGUUUCCAUUGAAAUAGCAAAGAAGAAGAAGGCCCACACGAUUGGUGAAACUUUAAUUAAGCCGUGUUCCUUAAAGAUGGUCAAGCGGGUUCUUGGAGAGGCAAGUCAACGUAAGAUUCAGCAGGUUUCCUUGUCAGUCUACACGGUGAAACGGAGAAUUAGUGAAAUGUCAGAUGAUAUCAUGGAACAAGUGAUACAGGAGAUUAAAUCAUCUCCAACUGGUAUGUUUGCAAUACAGCUGGAUGAGUCAACGGGUCUAACAGGAUCACCUGGAAAUAUUUGUUGUGGAGGCUGUACUGAUGGGGCUCCGGCGAUGCUGGGAUCGAAAUCGGGAUUACAGAAACACGUCAAGGAAGUAGCUCCGAGUGCCAAAGGGAUUCAUUGUAUGAUCCAUCGUUUUGCAAUGGCGGCGAAAACCUUUCCUGAUGCCCUUUGCAAGAUCCUGGAGGUAGUGGUAAAAUGCGUCAACUUUGUGAAAACAGGAGAUUUGAACUCUCGCCUUUUCCAGAACCUUUGUAGAGGCAUGGAUUCAGAGCAUGAAACCCUCCUCUUUUACUACAAAGUGCGAAGGCCUUCCACCGGUAAUGUUGUGUUCGAACUUCGAGGAGAACUUAAGUUGUUCCUGGAAAUGAAAGGGAAGGAUGAUCUACUAAGUCACUUCAACGAGGUGUCGUGGGAGCCACGUCUUGCGUACCUGGCAGACACAUUUGAGCAGCUAAACAGGCUGAAUCUCAAGCUGCACGGCAAGGAAAUAAAUGUAUUUCACCACAUGGAUUGUAUUCGUACAUUUUUUGACAAACUCCAGAACUGGCAAAGGAAAGUCAGUGCAGGAAAUGUUGCCAUGUUUGAAAAUAUCUCAAUUGUUCUUGACGAGAUUGUAGAGGAUCAUCUACUUGACCCAUCACUCAAAAAUGAAAUAAUUCAGCACUUGAAAUCCUUGGAAAGUGAGCUCAAAAGGAACUUCCCAGUGGCCCAAGGUUAA